UGUCUCUUCUCUGCUUUGAUGUAGCUAAUAAAUGCAACAGUCUUUUCUCUUUAUGGCGGUGGCCAUCCAUCAGCUAAAGUUAUUUGAAUCUUUGAGUAAAGCUUAGUUGCAUUGCAUGCAUCUAGUUGGAAAAACAAACAGACCCACACGCACAGAGAGACAGAUGGGGAAUUAUGGUUCUUAUCAUUUCACCCAAUUGCCACUUGACAUCUAGGUGCCCACUAGGCCAGCGUCAUCCCAUUAACUUGUUUGCUCUGGUUCUGGUUUUAAUAGUCCCCCAUGUUUGAAUUCUUCUUACUCCAGCAAGCUUAAACAUCAAAGAAGCUCUCAAAUAUCUCCAUCCUUAUCAUUUAUAAGCAUCAGAAUUCACAUUUUAUAAUGAGAAUCAAGUGGAAAAAGAAGCUUUUUUUCUGCUUUCACGUCAUCCGUCACAAGGCAUCAAAUUCCAAAAUGAGAAGCAUCAGGAGCAAAAAGAAAAAAGAAAUCACAGAAAUCCCAUCUGAGGUGGAAGCGAAAGAUAUUGUAUUGGCAAUAUUGGGAAAAAUCUCCAAUCUUCUUAUUCAAGAGUAUUCAGAUUCAUUACUUGCUGUGGAAGAUCAACUUCAACUAAUUGAGAGAAGCUUGCGACUCCUAGCUGAGGAAUCUAGUCGCGUGCCUGACCAGAGGAAAUUAAGGGAAAUAAUAUAUGAUAUUGAAGACGUAAUUGAUGAAUUGAUAAUCAGAUCAAGGCCGGGAAAGAAGGGAGAUUCUUACGUCAGAUAUGCUUUGGCUUUAGCUGAUCUACGAGAGCAUUUCUUUUAUGUUUUAGCUCUCUUGGAUUUGAUUGAUCAUUAUAAACUUCGUAAGAAGCUAGAACAACUCAAUGUUGAUAUUAGAGAUAUAUCUUCAUUUCUUUAUUGUUCUGGUUCAUGGGAGAAUUCCUUUUGCCUGUACCAAUUGGAUACGGGCAGCACAAUUAUAUCGCCUGUGAUAAACAAGUUUGAGAGCUUGGCCACUCAGAACCAGCUUCGUCCUACUCUGAGAAGGGCAGCCAGGUGGUUAAGAGAUGAAUUUAAGUGCCUGUGUGAUUUUCUGAAAACAGUUGAAUCUAGAGGACUAACUGAAGAAGGAACGGUGUGGAUGGAAGAACUUUGCGAUGUUUCCCGGUCAGUUGAGAAUUCUGUUGGGCUUUUCUUGGAGACGAAGCAGAAUGACAGAGGAUCGUCUAUUAAGAAAUUGGUAUGGGAUCCCCUUAAUUUCAUUUCUCAGCAUAGGCUUGCCCGGUAUAUGUCCUUCAUUAAAAAGAAGAUCCUUGAUAUUUCUAGUAGGAGAUAUAAAGCCAUUCCUGUACAAAGUCCAAGGAGCUUUCGAUUUCCUCCUUGCGGUGUUUAUGGAUGUCAGAGCAAAACAAUUCCUUGUUCUGCUAGGCAACUCGAUGUUAUUAGUUUUGAGGAGGAUGUAGAUGCAAUUACAGCACAACUACUGAAAGAUGAUCCUCGCUGCCUCACCAUUUCAAUUGUGGGUGUUGGAGGCAUCGGCAAGACAAGACUUGCAAAUUUAAUCUAUGAGAGCCAGACUAUUGCAGAUCAUUUUCCGCAUCGUUUUUGGGUUUCUGGAGCAAGCAGGGAAGAGGUCAUAGGAACAAUUUUGGGUAUUAAAGGUUCAGACCUGUAUUUCAAUUAUGAAGAGACAAAGAAAAGCUAUGAAGACAGGUUGAGACGGAUGGUUAAUGCUUUUUUUAUGGACAAAAAGUCACUCAUAGUUGCUGAUGCCUCAUAUGUAGAAGACUUUUGGAAAAUUAUGGGAUUUGCAUUCAAAGAUAUAUCAAAUGGCACAAGAAUAAUUUUCACUUCAGGAUACCAGAUAUGUGCUCCACCAGUUACUGAGACUAACUUCACUUACAGACUGCAUUUGAGAAGCCAUGAUGAGAGUUGGGCAUUGUUCAAUCAUAUUUUGAAGGCAAACAUCCCUCCAAAGCUGCAGACUCUCAAAGCACGGAUUAUAAGGCAGUGUGGGGGAUUUCCAAAGGUGAUUGUGAAGCUAGGAGAACUCCUGUCACAGAGAGAUGCAAGUCUAGAGGAGUGGUCAAGUGCUCUUGACCAACUGAAUCAAGAUGAAGAACCUUGGUCAGAAGUCUUGAAAGAGAUCAAUAAGUCUUUGCCUUUGUAUUUGAGGCGAUGUCUCUUCUAUUUUGGAUUAUUUCCAGCAGGUUAUAAAAUCCCCGCAAGAAGAUUGAUUGCCUUAUGGGUAGCUGAGGGCUUAGGGCGUCAACAGAUUGAUGAAAAAUCAUCUGAGUUUAUUGCAGAGAUGUGCUUGAAAGAGUUGAUCAAUUACGACAUGGUUCAAGUGACAGAGAAGAAUAUCAAUGGCAAGAUUAAGACGUGUUGCCUGCCGGAUGCUUUGCGACUCAACUGGUUCCUAAAAGCUAAGGAAGCUAAUUUUCUUCAAGGUCACAGCAGUAGCAACACCUGUGUGUCACGCCGGCUUGCUCUUAACCAAAAUGAUUUUGUCUCAGGUAACAAUGCCAAUUCUCUAAACUCUUGUUAUAAACAUGUUGUCUCUAUUAUGUCCUUCGAUACUCGAUCUGAAAGUGGAGCAGGAGAAAAUAUUGGCAACUUUCUUGAUAAGUUCAUCUCUAGAAAUUGUUUUCUUUUCCUGUGGGUAUUGGAUCUUGAAAAUGUAUACAAGCCGAGAUUACCCAAGGCAGUAGGCCGGCUCAAUCGGUUGAGGUACCUAGGCUUGCGAUCAACUUACUUGGGGAUCCUUCCUGAGUUCAUUGACAAAUUGCUAAACCUUCAGACAUUGGAUUUGAAGCGUGCUCAUGUCGGAACUCUUCCUGGUACAAUCUGGAAGAUGCAAAAACUAAGGCAUCUGUUUCUAGAUGAAAGCUUUCGCAGCAUGUUCAUCCCUCGACAAGAGGACAGCUCUCUAGUUGAACUUCAAACACUUUGGGGACUCUUCUUAGAUGAAGAUAGUCCAGUAAGAAAUGGUCUGGACACAUUGUCGGGUAUCACAAAAUUGGGACUGAUAUGCAAGAUGUCAGGCCCAUCCCGAAAGACUGCAAUGUCCUCACAAUUGAAUGCUGUGGCAAAUUGGGUUCAAAAUCUGAAACUUCAAUCUUUGAGGUUGAAAUCCUUUGACGAUUCAAAUCAACCUUCGGAGCUGUACUUGAAUUCUUUAUCAGGUCAUGUGGAUCUCACUAGUAUCUAUUUGGUCGGAAAGUUUAUGAAUCGGAAUCUACUAUCUGAGUUACCCAACAAUCUGAUUGAGCUCACAUUGUCAGCAUCUGGAUUAGCAGAGGACCCCAUGCAAACACUGGACAAGCUUCCUAACCUCAGAAUUGUGAUAUUGCUCUUGGGAUCAUUUACAGAAAAGAAAUAUCUCUGCAGUUUUGGAGGAUUUCCUAAGCUUGAAGUCCUUAAGUUCAAGAAGUUAGUGCAACUUGAGGAAUGGAAGGUAGAGGAAGGGGCACUGCCGAGCCUGAAAGAUUUGGAGAUCGAAUCCUGUACCAACUUGAAGAUGCUUCCUGAUGGGCUGCAACAUGUUAGGACACUCCGCAAGUUAAAACUAACAAAUUUGCCAAUGAUAUCGUCAAGGAUUAAGAAUAAUCAGGGCGAGGAUUGGAAUAAAAUUGCCCAUGUCCGCUGUAUCUGCAUACAAAAUUGAUAGAAACGCUGAGGAGAACUUCAAAUAUUAUUAUGUGGUGUUUCAUUUGUUCUGAUUGUGAAGCUA